AUGGUGAGCCCUGAGACCGCCACGCAAAAUGGCAACACGAAAACAGAAUUCGAUUUCACUGCUAUCCACCGGGAGCUGAAUGAAAGCUUUGCAUCUGGAAAAACUAAAUCCAUUAAAUGGCGCAAGUGGCAGCUGAAACAGCCAUGGUGGAUGAUCGAAGACAACGAGCGCGAGAUCCAAGAAGCCCUGACAAGCGACCUUGGACGGCAUGAAAUGGAGAAUUGGACGACCGACUUCAUGGGACUCAAGAUGGAUAUCCUCCAUCACAUUAAUAACUCGUGCAUUCGUCUGGUGACAGGAGGACCGGAGGAAACGACGCGAUUCUUGGAACGUAAAUUCGACUACAUCUUCUUCACAGGAUCAACUAAGAUCGCUCGUUUUAUCGCUGCUGCUGCUGCAAAGCACCUAACGCCGACAACUCUAGAGUUAGGCGGUCAAUGUCCCGCAUUCGUCACCAAGACCGCCGAUAUCGAGUUGUCUGCCAAACGCAUCGCUCUUGUCAAGUUCACUAACGCGGGCCAGAUCUGCCUCACUGCCAACCACGUUCUCGUCGACCCAGCCGUGCACGACGCCUUUGUCGCACGGCUGGAGCACUGGACGCGAGAGUUCGCCGCUACAGGCCACAUGUGUCGAAUCAUCAACAAAAGAAACCACGACCGCCUAACAUCACUCCUCGACAAAUCCUCCGGCACUAUCAUCCGCUGCGGUGAAGCUCCAGCGGUAGACUGCCGCAUGGCACCCGUCAUUGUCACCAACGUGAAACCUACAGACGCCAUCAUGAGCGAAGAGCUCUUCGGACCCAUAUGUCCCGUCAUCCCGUGUACCAUCGACGACGCCAUUGCCGUGACCAACAGCCUACCCAAGCCCCUAGCCCUGUACAUCUUCAGCUCCGACAAGAACGAGACCGAUUACAUCCAGGACCGCACCCUCUCGGGCGGUGUCACCAUCAACGACACCUUGUUCCCCGCGGGUGUGCCCAAUGCCCCGUUUGGAGGCGUAGGCGAGUCCGGCAUGGGAGCCUUCCAUGGCGAGUACGGCUUCCAGUCUUUUACGCACCUAAGAAUUGUCACUAUGCCACCGACGUGGCUGGACCGUUUCAUGGGGUUCCGGUAUCUGCCGUUUAAUGCGAAGAAUAAGGGUAUGGUUGCUGUCUCGAACAAGGUACUACGAAUUUGA